ACAGUACUUACAAGAGUGAACGAAUUAAACUGAAGUAAACGCCUCUAGAGGUGUCAUUAUGGCGGAAACGACUUUACUAAAGUCAGAAAUUGACAACAAACUAGAAAAGGAGAGACACAAUCUUCAGACGCUUAAUGAAGCUAUGAACAAAAGCAACAAUAACACACAGAACAUGUUGACAAUCUUGGAGAGUUUCCAGAACAGAUUGAAAAAGUUGGAAAGCACUGUUGAACCAGUCUACAAUGAAACAGAAAUGUUAAGGAGGAGACAAGAAAAUAUUGAAAGAACGACAAUGACAUUGGAGAAUGUUCUUGGUUACUACCACGUGAGCAGAGAAGUUGAGGUUCAGAUCAAAGAAGGUCCACACUCCUGUGGUCUCCAAAGUUAUCUGUUACAGAUGGACAGACUACUUCAGGCACAUAACUACUUUCAAAAACACAAUCCCACCAGUCUAGAGCUUGUUGAUGUUAUCCGAGUGUUUGAUGAAGGAAAGGAUGCUUUGCAGGUAGAGUUUCGUACCUUACUAGGACGCCAUGGCAGACCUGUCCCAGCUAUCACUAUUCUUAAUCACAUCAGUUCAUAUGAAGACUUACAACCAGGCGAGACAGAAACACCAUCAGAGAUAGAACACUUGCCAGAAAAGAUCAUCACUGAACUUGGUCAGAUAGCCAGGUGGCUGGUCACCAAUGGUCCCACCACUGACUUCCUUAAGGAUUACACAACCAUGCGAUCAUCCAUGAUGAUCAAAUCCCUUCAAUGUUUGAAGGAGCAUAUGAAAUCCUCUAGUGGUAGCAGUGUUAAUGCCCUAUUUCCUGGACAGCACUCGCCUGCAGCUACCAGCAAAUUUAGACCAAACAAAGACACGCCAGUAAGGAAAAGUAUGAGGAAAAUUGCACAUUCCUUUAGGAAGAAGGCAGCAACAGCUUUGAUACAGUCACCUUUUGAUCCAGGUCACCGACGCCAGGGUUCUUAUACAGAUGUUAUCAAAGAGGAGAGUCUGGAUGUGGAGAUAGAUAUUUACAUCACUGAGCUCACCGCACUUCUCAAACUCAUGCAGAGUGAGAACCAACUGAUGUCUGGCAUUGUCCCAGAGAAGCACCACCGCACUGUGUUUGAUGGUGUUGUACAACAGGCUAUUGAUGCAGUGGUCAGUGAGGGAGAGUUGUUGGCCAGUAAUGCCAAGAAGAAUAUUGUUAAACACGAAUUUAUGGCAGUGCUGUCCAUCUACCCUGUUGUGAAACACCUACGAACCAUCAGGCCAGAAUUUGACUACACUCUAGAGGGCUGUACGACCCCUACUCGAGCCAAACUAGUCUCUUUGUUGUCAACACUAGGAAGUACAGGAGCCAAAGCACUGGAGGAGUUUGUUGAGAGUAUAAAGAAUGAUCCAGACAAAGCCUCCAUGCCAAGAGAUGGUACAGUCCAUGAGUUAACAAAUCAUACUAUUAUAUUCCUGGAGCCACUCUUAGACUAUGCUGAUACUGCAGGUGCUAUGCUGUUAAUGCAUGGAGAACAAGCUGCUCCAUCUGAAGCUGUUGAUGCUAAGAAGAGUAAACUCAAGCUUGCAGAAUACUGUACCAAAGUUCUAUCGGCAUUGGGUCUGAAUCUGAGCAACAAAGCAGAGACCUAUAGUGAUCCAACACUGAGGCCUGUAUUUAUGUUAAACAACUACAACUACAUCCUUAAGUCUAUACAAAGAUCUGGAUUAUUGGAUCUCAUCCACACCUGGCAUAAAGAGGUGGGGCAGUAUUAUGAAGACAAGAUUCAGGAAGAAAAGAAGCACUAUUCUCAGAGCUGGAGUCGGGUGAUGCAUUACAUAUUGGAAGUCAAUGAGCCCAUGUCUAUGCAGAGAACACAGUCCUUGGAAACAGCAAAGUUGAAGGACAAAGAAAAACAGAACAUCAAAGACAAGUUUACAGGAUUCAACAAGGAAUUAGAGGAGAUCUUAAGAAUACAGAAAGGCUAUGCUAUACCUGACCAGGAGUUGAGGGAGAUGCUGAAGAAAGAAAACAGAGACUUCAUUGUACCAUCUUAUACUGUCUUCCUACAGAAAUAUGAGAAACUGAAUUUUACCAAGAACAGGGAUAAAUACAUCAAAUAUUCCAUUCAAGAUGUUGAAGCUAUUAUUGGAAAGUUCUUCGACACAUCUGCUUAGAUACUGAACCAAGAAAAAUAGAAAAAAAAAACCAUUCCGGUAUAGGCAAUCUCUGCACUAUUUGUGAAAUGCGCUUUUGAUGAAAUUGAUAAAAAGGAUCUAUUAAACUUACAUUUGCAUUCACCUCUACAUUUUAAAGACUAAGAGUUUUAAGGCACUGUAGAUCUAUGAUUUUUUUUUUGUGUGCUGUUGUCAAAGAAUAAUUGCUAACAUACAUGUGACAUUGUGAUUUAUAUAACAUAGGCAAAGAAUCAUUCAUGUUGUCACCUCUUCAGAAAUAAUGAAGAAAUUCUUUUAUCAUUAUCCACUAGUGUUGUGGAGAUUUGAUGUAAAGCAGUUCUUGACCUAGUUAAUUUAAGCUGCCAUUUAUCUACAAGAAUAGACGACCCAGUGGAACUUGGAUAAAAAUGUGGCAUGCAAUUAUAAAGGAGAACUAGUCAAAACUGAUAUUAAGGUCACUGGUGAUUGUAAAGUUAACUAUAGAUGGCAAGGCUUUCAGUUCAUUUUUCAUGUCUCCUCUUGCCAGUUGAGACUUACUAUUUCUGUAUUAGAUUUGUACACUACAUGUAAAGAACAUAGGUAUACAAGUUCCUAAGGCUUAUUGUAUUCAUUCACAUUCUACCAAACACCUGGCUUCUGUGUGUGGGAAUUGUGCAAUAGUUGAUAUGUAAGAUUUGAGCUUCAAUAAAUUAUGUAUACAUUA